UAGAUUGUAUGAUUGGAUGAAACGAUAAUUUUUUGUUGUUGUUUAAGGUCUUUUAAGGUUUUUUUCAAAAGAUUAUAAUGAAAUUCAUCAACGCUUUAUUGUUGCUGUUAUGCAUCAUGACUGUUGGCCUAAUUGUUUCAGCCGACAUUGAAAUCGAUAAAACCGAAGUAGUAUUGAUGGAUAUUCUUGAAGAAAUAAUUCGUCAGGCAAGAGAAACAAAUGCCAAUUCACCAAUGAUAUCGAUUGUUAAUAAAAUUAAAACUUUAGUAUUAACUACCGGCAUUAGUAAUCGUGGUGAUAUUGAAAUGAUGAUUGAUUUAAUUCGAUUAGCUAUUGAUAUGGGUAAAAAUCAAGAAAAAAAAUAAUUAUUCAAAAUAAUUAUAAAAUUAAAU